UAUGGUCGAUCAUCUUCAUGAGGCCCAGAUACCAGUUCUGGACCUCCAACCUUUUGCGCAUAUUUCACCCUUGUCUCGAGCUGGCCGCGUCUUCAUCCACUCUUCCCGCGCCCCCGAUCGAAUCUCAGCUCUCCCCCCCCUCCAGUUUGUUUAGCACGGAUGACAAAGACAGAUGAUGUGGAGGGGAGUGCUUUCAUAGUUCUCUUCUCUGGCCUAAAGCUCUCUCCCCCUUCAUUUUCUCUCCCUUUCUGACUGGCUGGCUGGUUGGUUGGUUGGCAUAGCCGGGGAGGGGACAAGCAGCACAGGGCACAUGCACACAGGCCCCGCUCUCCCCAGCCCCACAUUCAUUGCCUUAAUUACGACACAUAUUUCUCAAUAGUUGACGGAUUGGUAGCUGUCAAGAGACACUGUUGGCUACAUCACUAGUGUGUGAGAGUUGGUGUAACAGUGUGAACGUGUGUAGCCGACUGCAGUCCACGGCGUCUCCCCUCAGUUUCUCUAUAUAUCCGGAGGUAUUUACCACCGUGGCUGAGGACUGUGGGAUUUUACAUUUCGCUCUGCCAGUAUUGGAGCUGUGUAAGAGUUGUUCACUGUGUGGAGUUUUAUUUUUUUGUGUUAGUGUUGGAAGUGAGCACUGAUUUCACCGAGAGGCGUCAGAUCCGAGCGGCGCUCCGUGAACUGCAGUUUGGUUGCAUCCCGGGCCUGCUCGCCUCCCACAGCAGCGGCAACAACAAGAAGUACAGCUUCGGUCGCAUUGAGCUCAAGAUGGCCGGCACCGCAAAAGGGGCGGAGCUAGACCGGAAGCUGAGCCAGAUCACGGACGAGGACGAAAUGACGAAGCUGCUUCAUGCUACAGAGGAUUAUGAAGAUCGUCGGAAGAUCCGCACGGCUCUCCGAGACCUGAAGAAGAAGAAAAUAGCCGACCAGGAGGCGGCCAGUGCAGCAGCCAGAAAGAACCGCAUGGCAGAGCCCAAGAAGGUGGAGCUGAACCUGGAAGGCAUCAAGGACGAGGCCGUCCUGAGACAGAUGCUAGAGGAAACGGAAGAUGUUGAACACAAGAAACAGAUCCGCACAGCCAUCAAAGAUUUGCGACAAAAAGCCAGAGAUGCUGCAGAAGAGGUCAUCGCUAAAGAGGAGGAAGACUACAGAAAAAAGAUGAUUAUUCAUGCGGAUGAGGACCACAUCCCAGCAUUGUCAGUAGAGCCAGUAAUUCCUACGGAACAGGUCGUCGAUUUCACAACCAUUGAUGACAUCUCUACCCUGGAGAGAAUGCUGGCGAACACGGAAGACUUUGGCGAGCGUAGCCAGAUCCGUGCCCACAUCAAGGAGUUGCGGGAACGCGAAGAGCUGGAGGUGCCCGACUACCCUGGGGCCCGUCGCCUCUCGGAGGGGCUGGAUGCCGACAUCUGGCUGACGGAGAAGGAUCGUAGGCGGAGCAGCUUGAUCGACAGGGCAGCCCUGGAGGAGUUGACGCUGACGCCGGACGUCGUGGAGAACGUGGCGUAUGACGAGAUUGAAGAUCCCGCUGAACUGGAGAAAUUGCUGGAGAAUGCUGUUGACAUUGGUGAGAAGCGAUUGAUACGUGCUGCACUAAACGACCUGAAGAAGAGACUAGCAGGUGGCAACAAGGAUAAGAAAGCCUCGGAAUCUGCCCAAACUAGCACCACCGAUGUGUCUUUCUACAAACCAGAAGUCAGAAUAUCACCAAGUGAUGAAGAACCAAAGAAGACAUGUUUGGAGGCUAAAGGAACGUUAAAAGUCAAUGACCAGUCAAAGAAAUCAGAUUCUUCAAGUGAUAAAACAAAAUCUUUCCAAACUAAGGAGAGGCUUGAAACUUCACAGAAAGUCGACUCCAACAAAACUUCUGAACGUUUGUAUAGGGCAGAUGCUCUUGAGAUGAAAAGUGAAGCAACGCUCUCCAAGAAAAGCGAGACAGAGAGAGAGAAUAAAGAGAAUGAGAGUGUGCCCCAGAGUUCAAUGACCUCUUGGGUAUCAGGUGUAUAUCAAAAGCCCGAAAUCAGACCGUCCAAAUCUUCCACCACUGCCCAGCACCGGCCCAAAGAAAAGAACAACAAUGGAAUUAGUAUUAAACCAGCCUCCAAACUCUCAGUGAGUGCUGACCCUGGUAAGACCAAACGACACACAUCGUAUCUAUCAAUUCCGUCCAAGAAUGAUUCGACUCAGAAGGAGAAUGAGAAGAACAACAAGGAGAGUGCCCUGGCUGCAAGAAUGUCCAAGUUCACGACAAUCACUGACUCUACCAAAGCUAAAACUGGUGACCAGUCGACCUCAUCGACCCCUUCGACCUCAAGGCUGGACAAGAACGGGAAGGAGGCCAAAGAUGCCAGUCUCUUGAGCUUGCGACUGUCAAAGAGCAGCACGCCGACCUCGGAUACCCACAAGGGGAAGUUGUUUGGCUCCAGAACGCCAUCUGGUUCCAAGCUGGACAGCCUAAAGAGUAAAUUCUCAGGAACUGAAACACCAAGUCAGCAGGAGUUCAAGGUUAAGGACAGAGCUCUCAGAGGGACUGAGGGCAAAGUGAGUGAAGCGGCCAGUAAAUUCGGUGGCAGCUGCAGUGGUAGCAGCUGCGCCACCACCCCCUCACAUAGCCCCGCUGGCUCCGCCCCCUCCUCCCCAAAGAGAUACGUUGGCACAAAGGCCUUGGCAACCUCCCCAGUUGCCCAGAAGCCCUUUGAGUUUGGAAAGAUCCAUAACCCGGCCCUAGCCCCCACACCGCGGAGUUCCAAGUCAACCGAGAAGUCUUCCAUCAAGCUGCAAGCAUCCCAGAGCGUGCCUUCUUCAAAAGUCGCCACGUCCAAGUUUGAAACCCCCACGUCAAGCACUUCCAACACAUCAGUGUCUACUCCUCACAGAAGCAAGGACUCCAAAUCCACCAAAGUAGAGGUUCCACUCGGGAAAUUGUUCUCCCUAGAGUUGCAUAAAUCAGGGGACAAGACCAUCACAGUUGAGUCCUCUUCCAAAUUUCAGGCAAGUUUGGGGACCUCGCAUUGCACCGAGACACCGUCUGCUGACCAAGUAGGCCUGAGAUCAGUUCUUGACAAGACCAACCAGCCCAGGAGGAAAUCACCGACGGAGAGGAGAGAGGAAGCCAAGCUCAAGAUGCCACCGGUGGAUGAUAUCGAAGAUGAAGAAGCCUUGGAGAAGAUGUUGGAGGCCGCCUCAGAGUUUGAGGAACGGAAAAAGAUCCGAGCCAAACUACGAGAGAUCCGCAAGAAGAAGAGAGAGGAAAUGGACAAGCAAAUAAGUGCCCAGCAGAAGUCCCUCCAGGAUGACAUCCUGUCCUACAGGGAAGAGUCCAAGGCCCACCGCCUCAAAGCAUUUGACAAGACUGUGCCCAUCAAGAAGGACACAACGACGACCGUGGAGAAAACCCCCCUCAAUAACAACACCAUCAUCGUGGCGCCCAAAACGUCGUCGACAACAAUCGAGGAUAAAGAGGGUAAGAGCUCGACGACCAAGACGACAACUGUCAUCGAAGGUCCUGGGUCCAAGACAGUUACCACAACAAUGCACAGCAAAUCUGAAGAUAAAGGCACAAAAUCAGAAAGUAUGAAUCAACAGACGAUGUCAGUGAAGAAAGAAGAGUCGGGUAGCGGCAGUAGUUUUUCGGUGAAGAGUUCGAGUAUAAGCUCCAGCGUGUCCACUUCCUCCAGCACCGGUACCCCUGCCGCAAAGAAAUUGACCAAGUUUGAGGCAGAAAUGGAGGAGAAGAAAAGACAACGAGAACUGAAGAGAGCAGAAGAUGAGAAGAACUGGAAGGAAUACAUGGCGAAGAAGAAGCAAGAUGACUUUGACCGCAAGAAGAGAGAGAUGGAAGCGGCCAAGAAGAAGAAGGAGGCGCUGAUGAACAAGUUUGGGGGCAAGGCGGACGCGGAGAGUGGGGGCUUUGGCAAAGGGACCGGCAUGCAAGCGGUGCCUAACGCGAGCACCAUCAAGCAGAAGCUGUUGGAGUGGUGCCAGCGGUGCGCCCGCGGCUAUCCGGAGGUGCAGAUCAACAACUUCUCUUCCAGUUGGGCAGACGGAAUGGCGUUCUGCGCCAUCGUCCACUACCACUUCCCCAACGCGUUCGACUUUGACACACUGGAUAAAAAGAACCGGAGAAAGAACUUUGACCUCGCAUUUGAAUCGGCAGAGAAACACGGGGACGUCAUGCCGUUGCUAGAGACAGACGACAUGAUCAUGAUGAAGAACAAGCCAGAUUGGAAGUGUGUCUUCACGUACGUCCAGAGCCUGUACCGCCAUCUCAGUAAAAUCAAACAACCCUGAAACCUCAACAAGUCGCGGAAGAACAAAAUAUGCAAAGUUUGAACAUUUGUGAAAUCGUACAAACUUCAAAGUGUGUGUAGCAUAACACGUGUGACUCCCGAUAAUAAUGUUCUACCUGAUUCAAAUCUAUUUCUUCUGAUUUUUUCUUGUAAAUAUAUUUAAGAUGAAGUGUGGACAUGGCUUUGAAUAGUUGGAAUAUCGCAGUUGAUACUUACAAAGACAUAGAAAAAUGAGCUCUUAUAAUAGAUGAAGUUUGUACACUGGCAUUUUAAUGGAAGCAGGUGCUUCGUAAAAUGCUGAAACAUGUGUCGGCACAGCAAUACUUUUAUAUUUAAAUAUAGAAAAAGGGAGAAACAAAUUCAAUAGUCUUUAAGAUUUAUUUUCUUUGUUUGACUGUCGAAAGCUAUAAUGCCAUGUCAUUGGUUGGAAGCUUUUGUCCAAGGUAGACAAUUGUCAAUGAGUCAUUUUUUUUCAGGAUUCUCAGAUAACUUUCCACUUACCUUAAUUAUUUAGGUAGUAUAUUUCUAACAGCAAUGUUUUAAAGACAUUUAAGUACGGCAAAUGUACAGGUACAUGUUGUCCUCUCAUUAAAGUUUUGAACCUUAUGUCAUUUCAAUAGAUCAUUAUAAAACUUAGGGACUAUGCAGGGGGCUGACGAAACAGUAUUUUUAUCAACUUCUUAGUCGGGUAUUUAGGAUUUAGUUUUUUUAAAUUUUUUUUUAACUGCGAAAUCACAUCUGGAGAAAAGAAUGCCCUGGCCAAACAAAGUUUUGGCCAAAAGUCCAAACUGCGCCUUUUCUGUACAACGUCUUGAGUUGACUCUUCACGUUACACGCCAUGCAUUGAUGUUAGGUCAGAUUUCGCUGUUUUUCUGAAGCACAUCUUUCAGAGGAAAACAACAGUUAGCCUUGGAAAUGCGAAUGAGGCGGCAAGAAAGUUUCAUGAAUCAAAAUAAAGUACUAAAUUGGAAGUACUGUAAUGCACAGCGUAGUAGUAUUGGCAGCAUGCAUACACUAUCGCCAUCUGCCUUUUGUACAGCAAUAAUUCUUCUUUUGUGUCACCACAGAAUGAUUCGUAGGUGCUUGCUUCUGAAAGGCAGUUAGGUCAUGUGCUUGAUGCUCGGGCUCUUGUUUGAUGCUGGAAACACAAACAAGCAUCUGUCAUUCAUUCGUUUGCCUGCAUUACACGUACAGCGUGCAGGAAAAUCAGACGAACUGCUUACUGUUGAGUACAUUACACCAAGAUAAAGACUGUCAUAUCACGUACUUAAAAAUUCAAAGAUUUAUUGUAGAUAUCUUAUAGAAGUGUAAAUAGAAUUUUUGAGCUUUAUUUAUCACGUGUAUCCUGAUUUGUUUACAAAUUUUGUCCUACUUUACUGCCCAAUCUGUUGCAUGUUAUGUAAAUAUUAAUGUUGAAAUGAAAAUGAAUAAUUUAUUUAUCACAACGAUUUCCUUUGGAUGCAGAUUUGUGUGGGCGUGUGCACAAUUUAUGCAUAUAUGCAAAUAUAACAUCUGGUCAUAGUUGCUCUGAUAAUUAAAAAGAAAACCUCAGUGGCCAUAAAGUUAGGAGCUUGUUUCAGAAGAGAGAAUUUCUUCAAAAAUGAGUUUCAAGUAAUUAAUUAACCUCACAGAUAAGUUUUUAAGUUUGCUGGACACUAAGAAAAUUCAGUUCUACUUUUCCGAUGGGGUCACUGGAACUAUUGCUAAUUUUUUUUUCAUAUUUCCCUGACAAUUUGAUAAAAGCAAGGUAGAUCCCAAGAGUUAGGCAACUUUGUACAGUGGUUCAUUUCUGUUUCUGUAACUAUGCAAACAAUUUUUUUUUAUUUAGAUGAAAGUUUAAGCAACGACUAAAUACAAAUCUCGGUCUUUUUCAUAAGUACAAAUGGAUAAUUCAUGACCAGAUAUUGUAAAAUGUCGAGAUUGGAGAAAUGAAUAGAAUAAUAUGAACAUUUCUGCAUGCAGUAAGUAUAUAUUUCAGGACAGAGUUUCAGAUUUUUGUGUGUGCUUUCUUGAGAACAAAAAGGCCAGGUUUUUGAUAAAGAUGCUGUAAAAUGUAUAAAUUAAGUAACCGCUUGGCAUGUUUUGAUAAAGUUUUAAAAAACUAACAUCUCAGCUACUUAAAAUAGUACAAGAAGUGAUUUCAAUUUUGAGGUCCCUUAAAUGUUUAGUAUGUUAUGUUGAAGAAUAGGAAGUACUAAUGCAUACUUGGCCUCAUUCAUAUUCAUAUAAUUCAUAUUCAUGAAUAUUUUAAUGGUUAUAUUAAUAGUGUGCACGCCAAAGGGCUUGCCUCAGCUAAACUUCAACUAUAGCAGCCGUAAAGUAGUUCCAACCUCCAGCCACCGAAAUCAAAGUUUCGUUUCGAAGCAUCAAGAAUUAUGUGAUAGAUUUUUCUGAAUAUAGCUACAGUGUUAAACAGACUGAACGUCAGGUUGAUGGAACAAUCACCCAAAUUGUGCUGUUUACCAAACCUCAUAACCGCUGAACAGUGCUUGAUGUAAAUAUGUAUUAUGUUUUUUAGGUUGGUACCUUCUCUGACACAUUUAACGACACUGGUGCCUGCCGAGGUUACCAAACAAAGCCCACAAUACUACUUCAUGCAUUUCUCAAUACGGCCGUUUCACGAUAGUGCGCCACCAAGUGUUUGCAACACGUUAGCCAAUUACAGUGCACUAAAUUUGUGGACCCAAUGCGUGUUUGGAAAGGGUCAACAAAUUUCGCGCGUUGAUUGGACAACGUGUUGCAAACUCUUGGUGGCGCGCUAUUGUGAAUCACCCGUAUUCAGAUAUUUUGAUUAUUUGUUCUCUCGCGGGAAAGUAUUGUUGUUCAGGCCGUGUCCGAAAGGGGCUUCCAGAGCUACGGCUAGGUCUUUUGGUUACGCGUCUCUGCAAAUUUCCAAUGGAGCAAAGACCUAGACCUAGCUCUAGACAACAGAUUGGGAUAAAGCUUCAGUUUGUGUCAGCUCAUUAUUUGUUUCGAUUGGUUUAUCAGAGCAGAGCUGGUCAAGAUCAGGUUUUUCUGUAUGUACGAAAUCUGAAGUAUGCUGAUGUUAGUGUAAUUUUUGAACUCCGAAAUUCUGCUACAUUUUAAAAUCAAAUUAAAAUUAUGCCCUGUAAUGCCACAUCAUAGCUGAGUUAUCAAAAGGUGCAGAUUUUUUUUAAAGGCCAAAGGGUUUUCCUCAGUGAGGAAUUCUUUCCACUGAAAUGGCUGGACAGGUAAAAUGAGACUCAGUGCUCAUUCAUCCAAAGUUUUCAAGACUUCUGUUCACAGAUUGCUUGUUUUGUUCUUUUCUUUUUCCCUCGUACAUUUUGAUUUCAGCUUCAACAAAGAUGGAAACGAGACCUUUGCGGCAACUCUUCAUGGAAGCAACUCUCAGCGCGCCCACAACGUAAAUCCCAUCCACCAAAACUGCUCCUCAAUUGUACAUGUUUAUGAAAUGAUAUAUAUGCAAAAGGGUUAUGAUUGUUAGAACUACUUGAUAGUGUCUUUUACGAUAGAUGUACCGUGACGCAUUUUAGUGCAAUUUCACAAUGUACUUGUAGUAUGUGUUUUACCGUAGGUCUCUUUUACUUUGUCAAACUGUUAAAUUGUUCUUCGUGUCUCAGUGUAGUGCAAUAUGGUUUAUUGGAUAAACUUGCCACAAAGAAUGAAUAAAAAAAAUUACGUAGCAACUUAGAAA